AUGAGAUUGGAGAAACCGUUUGGCAGAGAGUGCUUGGAAAGAUGGCAGCCAGUGACUCGAUUCCCGGAGGAAGACUAUGAUGUGGAAUGGCAUGUAAAUACGUUUGAUAGUGAUAACCCAAAGUAUGUAGAAGAAUAUAUCGUCUACAAUCCGGAGAAGUGGUUACCGGAGAGUUGGCGGUGUCUUAAGAUGGAUGCACCGAAGCCAAGACGGAAGAAGAAGAAGGUUAAGAAGGAGGAGAAAUGCGACGACGGCAAGGUGUACAACUUCCUGCAUCGCAAGCUGUUCUUGUUUCUACAUGCCGGUACAUGUUUGAAUCCAAACUGUCAUUUGGCGUUUUGCCUGGUCGUGAAGGAUGUGGUGAGCCAUUUACUAGCGGAGAAAUGCGCUGAAGAAAAGUGUUCUUACCCUCAUUGCUACCCAUUCCGAACCCUGGCUACACAUUGGCGCCAAUGCAUUGACAAAGAGAAUUGUCGAAUCUGCGGCCCGGUUUUGGAGAAGCAUGAUCACUAUCUGAAUAACCUGGGUGCAAAAGUCGGGAUGCUGGGAUGGCCCUGGAUAUCUGAACAUCGCCCUUAUGACCUAAAUAAUGAUCAGAAAAAGGAUUGGCAUAAGCAAAUGUGGACUGAAGAGCGCCAGAUGGUCAUUUUCAAGAUCGCCUCCGCCAUCAGCCCUUUUUAUAUGAUAGAUGCUUUUGAAGUGGAACAAUAUAUGUCAAUCAAGGGCCAUGCGAGGAUUAUCGAGCAGAAGCUGAUUGGUCUCGCAACCAGUCGGGUAAACUAUUACGAUGAGCUUGCAAAAGCAGUACGAUAUGACAUGUGCCACGACAUAUAUAAACUAUUCGGGCCAGCCGAUCACCCUCAAAGACGCAAAACAGUUUGCAAAUAUCUGUGCUACCGCAAGAGGUUGGAGCAUGACAUCAAUUUCAACUCUGAAGAUGUGUUCGAAAGGGCCGAGACAGCCUGUAGGAGGCAAAUAAUCGAGUGGAGGGAGGAAGAGCGGAAGAGGAUUGCUAUAGAGAAGUACCUCGAGAAAGCAGGAAAAAUACCGGAAAUUGUAAUUGAUGUUGCCCCACCAUUGCCUGCAGAUAAAAAGGUGUUUGAAAGUCCUGUUCGAACGCCAGAGGUGAACAAUACGGAAGUGGAGGAAGCGCUAGAAGCAUUAAUAACAGCGGUGGUGGAUAUGGGAGAAUCCGAAGCAGCAGCAGAAAUGGCUAAAACUGUGAAAGCCCAAGAAAAGCAAGAAUAUUGCAUUGUUGAGCGUAUGAGAUCUCUAGCCCUAGAAUCUCCACCCCCUCAAAUACCGGUCUCAGAUCCUGCUAUCGAAGCGACCUUAUUCAAAGUUCGCACAGUGCCACCAGGUUACCCCAAGCGGCCGCCCCCUCCGAAGAUCCCUAGAACCAGGCUAAUUGCCAUUCACGCCAGGCCACGAAAACGAAAAGCUGAGGAGGACGAGAUCAGAAUCAAUGCCGCUUACCAAUAUUAUCUUGGCAAUAAGGCUGCCGUGGAACGUCAAAAAAUGCUGUACGCCAAAAGGGAAGAGUAUUGCAAACAGCGUUUCCCACAAUUCUACUUUAAACGGGUGUAUCCUGCUCCGAAAGCAGUCCCAUUCCGGUUACAGUUUGGCGCCCAGAACGGGUUGGAACCAAUUGAUUAUACCGCGGAUAAAGUUGUUGCAGAAUCUCCUGGUUUCAUAGCUUCCGGGAUUAAGUCUCCUGCUAUUGAAGCUUCGUUGAGAAUGACCUUGAUGUCAGCCAUUGCAGCAGAAUACCCAGAACAAUUUCCUUUUCCCCGACCAGCCACAAAACCUUCUGAAGCCCAAGAAAACGUGAUUAAGCCUAAACAAACGGUCGUAGUAGUCCUCGACUCUUCUCCCGAAGCCACCCCACCUUUAGUAGACAAUCAAGAAAACGAAGAGGAUCAGGACAACUUGGGUUUAAGCGGGGAAACGCUGCCUGUAUUGUCACCUCAAGUUCUAUUGGAACGAGAGCCGGUAAUGACCCCGGAACCGAUCGCCGAGAUUUUUGAUGUUCCUCUGGAUCAUGAACUGGAAAAAUACAUUGACGAUCAGUUGGAGGCACAUUUGGGGAAAUCUGACAAUAGCUCGCCAUCCUCGCAAGUGAACGAGUUAACUGCAAGCUCUAGCCGGGUGGUGGAGCACAGGGCUAUCAUCGAGGAGGCGCAGCUUGUCGAGCUCACAGAUGUAGAAGAAUCAUUUUGGCACCAUUUAAGCGAUGAAAUGGAGAAAGAUGAGCAAGAGACGUCAACAGACCGGCGUCUUCUGAUCGAAUCUGCACCGACGCCACCGGAUCUCAGCCGUUUUGAAGAGCCGACAGCUAGGAUAGCCUUGAAAGACUGGCUUAUGAAUGAUGCGCCUAGCACCCUAGUGGCUUCACCAGGUAUGGCAACCUUGGAGCUGAUCGAAAACGAACUUGGCGCUGCUUUUCUAUUCGACGAAAUCGCAAAAGAACACCAAAAGGAAGGCGAACCCCUCAGUCCAAACCUGGCUCUCCAAAGCUUCAAUGACGAUCUCGAUGAAGACUUUAUGCGCAAUUUGGAGCCA